UGCGUGUGAGCGUUGGGGAAGGUUUUUGGCCUAAGUUACACCGACGGGACUGUACGAACGUUUACUUCUUUUUGGACGCUGCGGGAAGAUUUUGAAAAGUGGAGGUUGCAUUAGGGAGCGAGCAUGGCGUCAAGCGGUGCAGCGCAGCCGAGCCAGCAGGCGCCUGCUAGUCCGGAAUUCGACGUUCCUGAAGUCGGGAUCGAGGCGGAGUCGACCGAGCCUUCGGACGGCGACUCUGCGUACGGGGAUGACUUGGAGAGCUACACUACAUCGCUCAAAUCUACGGUGCUAAACUACCGGUACGAGAAUGGGCGACGAUACCAUGGCUUCAAAGACGAGGGCGCGAAGUACUACUUCCCGAACGACGACUUGGAAAGCGACCGGCUCGACCUGUACCACCAUAUCCAGACACUUCGACUAGGAGGCGAGCUACAUCUCGCGCCGAUUGGAGACAAUCCGCAGCGGGUAUUGGAUCUGGGGACUGGCACUGGCAUUUGGGCCAUCGACAUGGGCGACAAGUACCCGUCCGCAGAAAUCCUCGGGAACGACAUCUCGCCCAUCCAGCCCUCGCUCGUACCGCCGAACGUCAAAUUCGAAGUCGACGACCUAGAGGAUGAGUGGGUCUACUCGACCAAGUUUGACUAUAUCCACAGCCGGUACCUAGCGUGUUCGAUAAGAGACUGGUCGAAAUUGAUGCGGCAGUGUUUCAAGUAUGUGAAACCCGGCGGCUGGGUCGAGUUCCAAGACUUCGACACACGCUUUUACACGACGAGCGGCGGCGAGUACAACAAAGACACUACAAUAGGCCAGUGGGCGGACAGGAUCGCAGACGGGCUGCGGAAGUUCGGCGUAGAGCCUGAUCCUGGCCCACAAAUCGAAACCUGGGUCAAAGACGCCGGCUUCACCAACGUGCACUCGCGCACGCUCCCCUUCCCCGUCGGCACGUGGCCCAAGGACAAAACGCUCAAGGAAGUCGGCGCCUUCAAUCUGCUGCAGUUCCUCGAUAACCUGGAGGGCAUGACGCUGCGCAUCUAUACGAGUGCGUGGGGCUGGAAGCCUGAGGAGGUCAAGGUGCUCUGUGCGCAGUUGCGGAAAGAGUUUAAGAAUCCGAAGAUGCGGUUCCAGCACAAUUUUUACGUGGUGUAUGCACAGAAGCCCGUGGAUGCGGUUGAUUAGAGGGGGUAUUCCGUUGGCGUGAAAAGGGGGAGUUGUUGCAUUGGGGACGGCUGCUUGGAUAAUGGGAAUGAGGGAGGUCUUUGGAGUGUGGUUUGAUGCAUAGCGUGCGUUGGGAUGGGCAUACCUUUCUGGAACAUUUGGGCGGGCUUGACGGGCUCGCUGGGACUUAAAAAUGGAGCUUCUUCUGCAUCGUAGCGAUGUACCUCAUUGCGUUUGGUGAAAGCAACAACAGUCGUCUCAAGCGUCAAC